UGAAUUUGAUAAACGCCUGUGCAUCAUUUUUUAACAGGUUAAGAAAAAUGACCUCCGUGAUAACAACAUCACCUGUUCUUAACACCACUUUUAUCCGGCCAAACGGCUUUUACAUCCGUGGUUUUUACGCCUUGGAAAACUCGAAUUACUUUUUUAUAUUCCUGGGGGUGAUUUAUGUCGCUACUUUAUUAGCCAACGCCUCGAUUAUGUCCAUCAUCUGGUUUGCUCAGCCGCUGCACACCCCGAAGUAUUUCGGGGUCUUUAGCUUGGCCUUGGUAGAUGUGAGUUACAGUACAUCACUCAUCCCGAAGUCUUUAGACUUGUUUCUUUACGGGAACAGACUCGUCGAAUACAAUACUUGUUUAACUCAGAUGUUCUUUGUACAUUACUUUUCUGCAAUGGAAUCGUACGCGCUCAUGGUUUUGGCCUACGACAGAUUUAUCGCUAUUUGCUUUCCGCUGAGAUGCAAAACUAUCAAUUCAAAUACUAAAAUGAUUAUAGUGAUCAUAAUCUCUUGGGUUAUUCCUUUUAUUGUUGUUUUAACUAUGGUGAGUUUCAUAACACGCUUGUCUUACUGUAAAUCUGUAAUCGUUAACAGUUACUUUUGUGACCAUGGACCGGUAUUUAAAAUUUCUUGCAGCGAUUAUUCUAUCAACUGGUUUAUGGCUGCAUUUUUUAUUGUGUCUUUAUUUUUUCUCCCUCUGGCUUUAAUAUUAUUGUCUUACGUAUGCAUUUUAGUUUCUCUGUUGAAGAUAGCAGAGGCCGAUGGUCGACGAAAAGCCUUCAGAACCUGCACUUCCCAUUUGAUUCUGGUGGCUGUAUUUUAUGUGCCACUUUUAGCUACCUACAUCAUAGCCUGGGUUAAUGUCUACAUUGAUACUGACACCAGAAUUCUCAACACGUCUUUGUCGGCAGCCAUUCCCCCCCUUCUUAAUCCGAUUAUUUACACAUUAAAAACUGACGAAAUUAUGGAUCAAAUUAAAAAAUAUAUUAGAAACCGAAAGAUGGCUUUAUCUCGUUAAUAUGUACAUAACAGAUGAAGAACUGUGUAUCCUGUUAAAACAAAGCCACUAAAUUGUGCUCUAAAAUAUCUACAAAUAAUACAAACUUAAUUGAACGGAGCUGUCAAAUGUAGUAAGCAUUUUGUGUGCAUGUGUUCCAGUUAGAAAAGUAACGCAUUAACUGUUAACGUUAAAGAGGGAUUCUAAUAAUUUUGGUUUUCAUUGUAUGAUUGUUUAUUUAAAUACCUUGUUUGUUUUGAUUAUCACGUUUGUUUCUUGUGUAACGCUAAACGAAAUGAUUUAACGUAUUCUACUUGAAUUAAUUAUUAUUGAGUUAAUCAACUAGAUUAAAUCAAAUAUCAACCUGAUUUCAAUGUAGACUCGGGCAAUCUGUGAAUUAAAUAUAUGAUUAUAAUAAACAAUGUUAUUAAAUAUCUGCUUUAUUUCACUUCCUUUACAAGAUGCAAUCUAUGCAGUUGUUUAAGAAAACAGCAGUUCUGAAGCUUUGCAAAUGUCAUAUU